UGGCGUGUCCGCGUGAGUGUGAGCAAGUGCUUCAGAGACAUCUGCUGUAGGGAGCUGGCCCAGGCUGGGGAGUCGUCCUGGGGAUCGGGGUGCCUCGGCGGACCCUCGGGGCCCCCGCAGAGACAUAAGGCAGAGUCACUGCAGUUAUUCUGACAUCAGUUCCAGAUUAUUAACCCCUGGACAACAGUGCAGUCAUAUGAAAUCAUGGCUGGUUAUAAACCUGUAACAAUUCAGACAUAUCCUGUACUCGGUGAAAAAAUCACCCAAGACACUUUGUACUGGAACAAUUAUAAGACUCCUGUGCAGAUUAAGGAAUUUGGUGCGGUGUCCAAAGUAGACUUUUCUCCUCAGCCUCCAUAUAACUACGCAGUCACAGCCUCUUCAAGAAUCCACAUUUAUGGCCGGUACUCUCAAGAACCUGUAAAAACCUUUUCCCGUUUUAAGGACACAGCAUACUGUGCUACUUUUCGACAGGAUGGCCAAUUGCUUGUCGCUGGCAGUGAAGAUGGUGUAGUUCAACUUUUUGAUAUAAGUGGGAGGGCGCCCCUCAGGCAGUUUGAAGGUCAUACAAAAGCAGUUCAUACAGUAGAUUUUACAGCUGACAAAUACCAUGUGGUCUCUGGAGCUGAUGAUUAUACAGUUAAAUUAUGGGAUAUUCCAAACUCCAAAGAAAUUCUGACAUUCAAAGAGCAUUCUGAUUAUGUAAGGUGCGGCUGUGCUAGCAAACUGAACCCAGAUCUCUUUGUAACAGGGUCAUAUGAUCACACCGUGAAGAUGUUUGAUGCCCGGACAAAUAAAAACGUUCUCUGUGUCGAGCACGGGCAGCCUGUGGAGAGCGUCCUGCUUUUCCCCUCCGGCGGUCUCCUGGUGUCUUCAGGAGGUCGUUACGUUAAAGUCUGGGACAUGCUAAAAGGAGGGCAGUUGCUCAUGUCUUUGAAAAAUCAUCAUAAGACUGUGACGUGCUUGUGUCUGAGCAGCUCUGGACAGAGGCUACUCUCCGGCUCACUGGAUAGGAAAGUCAAGGUCUACAGCACAACUUCCUACAAAGUGGUCCACAGCUUUGACUACGCAGCUUCCAUCUUGAGUCUGGCGCUUUCUCACGAAGAUGAGACGAUAGUUGUAGGAAUGACCAAUGGAAUACUGAGCGUUAAACACCGGAAAUCUGAAGCAAAGAAGGAAUCUCUCCAGAGGAGGAGGAGGCCUGCAUAUCGGACCUUUAUUAAAGGAAAAAAUUACAUGAAGCAACGGGAUGAUAUCAUGAUCAAUAGGCCAGUAAAGAAACAUCUAGAAUGGUAUGACAGGGACCUGAAAAGUUUUCGGAUCUCAAAGGCACUUGACAGAGUGCUUGAGCCUAACUGUGUAAUAAAGACACCCGAGGUUACAGUUUCCAUCAUAAAGGAAUUGAAUCGGAGAGGAGUCCUUGCCAAUGCUCUUGCAGGUCGGGAUGAGAAGGAGAUUACCCGGGUUCUGAACUUUUUGAUAAGGAAUCUGUCUCAGCCAAGAUUUGCUCCUGUUUUGAUUAAUGCUGCUGAAAUAGUCAUUGAUAUAUAUCUGCCUGUGAUUGGCCAGUCACCAAUAGUUGAUAAAAAGUUUAUAGUGCUUCAAGGACUUGUAGAAAAAGAAAUUGAUUACCAAAGAGAACUCCUAGAAACCUUGGGGAUGAUGGACAUGCUGUUUGCUACCAUGACAAGGAAUGAAAGUACCUGUGUGUCGGAACAUGUGCCUGCUAAACUCCCAGAAAAGAAGACAGAGUCACCCCGUCAGCCCAGUGACACAGACAAGGACUCCUAACUGGGAAUGGUUUGACUCUUAAUUACUGAGGAGAAGAAAGCAUUUUCGAGGCAUUCAAAAAGAGAAUUUACAGGAGUGUUAUGGAAGAGACUGAAUUAACUCUAAUUGGGAAGUGAGCACCUGUUUGAAGACGUGGUUUCCAUGUAUUAAUUUGAUCUGUACAGUGGCUUCUUCCACUGGAAGGUCUUAGUUGUCUUGGUCACAGUGUCUGUCGACCUUGGAUGAGUUGAUACUGAUUUUAAUGGAGCCAAACCCUCAGUCACGUGGCCUCUGGAGAGGGUUCCUAGUGGAGUCCUGCCAGGGGACAGAACCUGGGUUCUCGUUUUGGUUUUUACUUCUACCCUGGGAAAUACCAAGAACAAACAGCAACAGGAAAACUUCUUUCCUGUACUCAAUGCCCCCGAGAACUUUUCUUGCUGGUAUCUUCCAAGUCCUGGGUCACACUUUCUCACCAGCUGCCUGGGGGACUGUCUUCCAAGUGUGGCAGAUCACGGGAUACUGCUCCUGGUGUGAUAAGUCUUUGUUACCUACGAACUGUGCUCUCCAGCGGUGUUUUCUUUAGUCUUGCCUGGCUCUGCUCAUGACCGAGUCCAGAGAGAUCUGACUGAAGCAGGUCCCCUCCUCAGCACACUGCCUGUCUCCCUUCCCCUGCUUCAGCUCUGGGAUGCGGUUGUCCUUCCCUCACAGCAGUGGCCUCUCAGCUGUGUGUACGGUCAGAGCCUGUCUCCUGUGUGCAGCUCUCAUUAACAAUUCUCUUUGCUGUACCUACACUUCCUUUUCUCUGUUCUUCAUUCGGUGGGUCCAAACCUCAAACAGCAGCAGUUUGCUUUGGAAAAAAAAAUGUGUUUUUGAAAGUUCAUUGUAAACAUAUUUUUUAUAAAGAGAUUCUUUUCUUCUUCUUGGCUUGCUGAGGUGUGUCAAUUCCUGAUGGACCGUCAGUGGCUUGUGACCAGCAUACUGAUCCACAGCCAUUACUUUCCUGCCUUCCUUCAGUUACCCUGCUUAGCUUAGAAACGUGUCUGGUGAUGGCAUCCGGAGCUGAAGGAAUCCUCGGGGAAAGAUUUUGUAAUGAGUCAGUUCUGUAAAUUUAGAUUUCCUUAAAGCAGAAGAAAGUGGGGAUACAUCUAGAAAGUUCUGUGUGGACACAAGCUCAGCUAUAAUAGGCUAUAGUUCCCACUAGUGAGCUGAAGCAGUUCUGCAGUAUGGUGUCUUGUGAGAAACCCGGAGUUUGCUGAUUUGAGUAGUCACAACCUGAGUCACAAAUGAGAGCCUGCGCUUUAAGGUCGAGAAGGUUGAUUGACUUCAAUCCAGCUAGUGAAGGAAAUCCCCUAAGCAUGCAGAGUUGGCACUAGCAGUUGGGAUUCUCCCCGAAGCUGUAGCUGCUGGCCCCUGUGCAACUCUGGAGCAUUUCCUGGCCAUCUCUUCAUCUACUUCUUCUCAUCACAGCUAUCCAAGUGUCGAAUCAGUCUCUUUUGACAUUGAAUUAAUUAAAGUUGCUCGAGUUCCUUACCAUCCCUGCACUGGGCUGGCCUGCUGGGGCCCUAACUGCUCACUCCCUUUGACAGGCUUCGAGAGUGCUGCAGCUCCUGUGGACAACUGAUAGUAAUUCCAGACCUUAAAAGGAUUGGGAAUCAUUUCCCAGUCCUCUGUGCAGUUAUGUUCAGGAGUGUGUGUGUGUUUGUUUGUUUGGAGACAGGGUUUCUCUGUGUAGCCCUGGCUGUCCUGGAACUCACUAUGUAGACCAGGCUGGCCUCAAACUCACAGAGAUCCACGCAUCUGCCUCUCAAGUGUUGGGAUUAAAGGUGUUUGCCACCACACCCAACUCAGGUGUUUUUUUUAAUAUUCAUUGAUUACUUUCAGUGUGAUGUGUUUUAACAUAAUUGACAUAUUUCAAUAUGUAAUAUUGGCCUUAGGAGUCAAAUGCCUAAUUGAUUUUUAGACUUGUGCUUCUUAGCUGGGAAGUGUUUGAUAUUUUUUACCAUGGAUGGAAAAAUAAUGAAAUGUUGCUGAGAACGUAGUCAUUUAUGUUUAAUUUAUUAUGUUGACGCAGACUUAAACAUACGGGAAGGUUUGCUUGUUUCGAGUGAGAUUUCUCAAAUGCCUGUGCUGUUAAAUUUCGUAAGGAAUUGAUGUCAAAUGGGAUGCUUAGAAAUUCCACUGAUUUAACUGAAAUGAAUUCUCCCAAACAUUAAUUAAAGACUCCUUUGAAUGUGA